AUGAAAACCUUGCGGAGCAACCCUGCGGCGCCCUCAGCAGCCUUCUCACUGGAGACGGGCAUCGCGAUAUCAUCCGGGCCAUUCAGCAUCGUGUCCAUGAAUGUCGCCGGUCUGCCAACCAUCUUGAACACCAACGACACGCGCGGCGACAAGGCGACAAACGAGGCGGCCAUUGGCUCGAGAUUUGCCGAGUAUGGUUACGAUGUGAUCCACGUCCAAGAGGGCUUCACGUUCAUGCGCGAUGCCAUUUCUGGGUCGGCAGACAACACGACCGUGGCCGGCGACAUUGCGAUCCGGUGUCUGCUCGCCAGCCAGAAUGCGACCGGUCCAGGCUUGGCGGCCGCCUGGGUCGAGCUCGAGCGCAGCGUUGACGUGUGCGAGGUCGUCGACAAGGUCUUUUACCGCUCGAGCGCGUUGGUGGCACUGCGGGCAGAGACCUUCCGCUAUGACGGCCGGCGGUUCCUGCAGGCCAACGGGAGCGUGCUCAGCGAUUACAACCCGAGCAACUUCUCCGGGGGCGAUUCCGGCGCCUGGUUCAGCGAUGUGCCGUCGCUUGCGAGCAUCACCGAGCCCAAGGCGACGACGCUCACGAUCCGGGGCGCGUCCCGGCUGGACAGUGUAGGCCUGACCUUGGCAGACUGUACCAGCUUCAAGCACGGGGGAACCGGCGGAACGGAGGUGUCGCUUGCGCUCGGAGCUUCGGAGCUUUGGACGGAGGUGGAGCUCUGCCGGGACCAGAAGAGCGGCACGAACACGACCCGCAACUUGAAGUUACACCAGGGCUGCGACCUCCUCGGGGUGCACCUUGACGGCUGCCCGACAUAG